AUGUCGCAUAUGCUCAGGAGUGUCAAGAAUGUCACCAAGGGAUACUCGUCCGUCCAGGUCAAAGUCAGAAAUGGUCAGUCUUGGCCGCUCGACAAGCCUGCCCGUAUUAACACCAUGCACNNAGCGACCAGCAACGAUCCUUGGGGCCCGACAGGCACCGACAUGGCCGAAAUCGCCAAGAUUACCUACAACAGCUCGACGGAUUUCUAUGAAGUCAUGGAUAUGCUCGACAAGCGCCUCAACGACAAGGGCAAGAACUGGCGUCACGUCCUGAAAUCGCUCAAAGUUCUCGACUACUGCCUUCACGAGGGCUCCGAGUUGUGCGUCACUUGGGCUCGCAAGAACAUCUACAUUAUCCGCACCCUCCGUGAAUUCAUUUACCUCGAUGAGGAGGGCCGCGAUGUCGGUCAAAACAGUAUGUCUUCACAAUGUCACGCCUUGACCCUGCUGAUUAAUCUUGUUNNAGUUCGUGUCUCUGCCAAGGAGUUGACCUCUCUGAUUAUGGACGAAGAACGCCUGCGCUCCGAACGUCAAAACAGACACUCAUGGAAAUCAAGAGUUACUGGUCUCGAAGACAUGUCUGGCGGAGGUUACGACAGCGAGACACAUUCGACGCCGAGAAAGCCACGCGAGCGUGCCAAUAGAGUACGUACCGACGACGAAGAUCUCGAGUACAGACUUGCACUCGAAGCAAGUAAGAACGAGGCCGAGGAAGAUGCCAGACGACGUGCCAUGAAGAACAGAGGCCCCGAGGAAGAUGACGAUCUGGCCAAAGCGCUCAAGUUGAGCAAGGAAGAGGAAGAAGCACGCAAGCGCGAAUUCGACGAUGCAAAUGCAAGUUCGCUGUUUGACGAUACGCCCGCUCAGACCCAGCAGCCCACCGGCUUCAACCAGGGUUAUCAGCAACAGACAGCCGUUGACUGGUUUGGCAACCCCAUGGGACAACAGCAACCCCAAUCUACUGGUUACUUGAACAACGCCUACAACCAGCAGCCGCUUCAAGCUCAGCAGACCGCUUUCCCUUCGCAAGACUAUUCUGGCUAUUACCAACAGCCACAGCCUACCGCCUUUGACCAGUCUUUCCAGCAGCAACAACAGCCGCAGCAGCAGUUCGUACAGCCCCAGGCUACCGGAUACAAUCCAUGGGCUACUCAGAUGCAGCCUCAGCAACAGCAACAACCCCAGCAGACCGCUCAACCUGGUUCCAACAACCCAUGGGCUCUUUCAUCGCCUGCCUCGCAAGAGGCUCUGCGCCCACAGCCCACUGGCUCAAACAAUCCAUUUGCCUCGUCUUUCAACCGACCACAGCAGACUCAGCAGCAGAGAGCUCCUACCUUGUCUGCUUUGCAAGAACAAAAGACGGCCACACAGUUCAAUCAGCCUGCGUACAACCCCAUCACCAGCUACCAAGCUCCUCCGCCUGCAGCUGCUCCUUUCCAACAACCAGCUCAGACCGCCCAGCCUAUGGAUCCUCACCGCGCACAGCUCAAUGCCCUUCUCUCUUCUGGCGAAGGUCAGGACACCUUUGGCAAUGUUGGAAACAUGCGUAUUCCUGCUCAGCACACGGCUCCCGGUACCUUUGUCAACAGUGCUGGUCAAGGACUUACCAAACUCGAAGCUUCGCGCACUGGCAACAACCCCUUCUUACAAUCUCAAUUCACUGGCAUGCCUCAGCAGCAGUUCCCUGCACAGACUGGACCCGCGAACGGAUAUGCAUCGUCCAAUCCUUUCGGUCAAAAGCAGCAAGCCCCUCAACAGUCUGGCAGUCUUAUCGACUUGUGA